UAGCCUCGUACGUUGCGAUGGGUCUCUCUGGCUCCGGUGCCGUCGCGUCGAUUGUGUUCCUCGGCCUCUGCGCCACCGUGUCGUGCUGGCCUGCACCGCCGCCACCGGAGAUGCUGCACGAGAGCUUCGCAGGGAAGUCGGAGUUCAGGACGGUGAACCGGAGGAGGCUGUCCUCGUGCUCCAACCCGAGCCCGUACCUGUCGAUCAACGUGAGCAGCGGCGGGGCGCCGCUCCCCGACGAGGCGUUCCUCACGGUCACCGUGGCCGGCGUCCUCAGACCCGACGCCGACGACUGGGUCGCGAUGAUCACGCCAUGCAGCUCCAGUGUCUCCGGGUGCCCUUUGAGUGGUGUUAACUACGUCCAGACCGGCGAUCUAGCGCAUCUCCCGCUUCUGUGCCACUACCCCGUCAAGGCACAGUACAUGAAGCGCGACCCUGGCUACCUGGGCUGCAAGACCGCGGCAUGCCAGAAGCGCGACGCGUCGGGCGCCUGCAGUGUCCGCACCUGCGCCGCCACCGUCACCUUCCACGUCAUCAACUUCCGCACCGAUGUCGAGUUCGUGCUCUUCUCCGGCGGCUUCCGGACGCCGUGCGUCCUCAAGCGGUCCGGCGCGCUCCGGUUCGCCAACCCCGCCAGCCCGCUCUACGGCCACCUCUCCAGCACCGACUCCACGGCCACAUCGAUGAGGCUUACCUGGGUGAGCGGCGACGGGAGGCCGCAGCAGGUUCAGUACGGAGGAGGCAAGUCCGCUACUUCUCAAGUGGCAACGUUCACGCGGAAUGAUAUGUGCAGUAGCCCCUUGUUACCAAGCCCUGCCAAGGAUUUCGGGUGGCAUGACCCUGGCUACAUCCACACGGCCGUCAUGACCGGGCUCCAGCCUUCUCAAUCCUACACCUACCGUUACGGAAGUGAUUCCGUGGGUUGGAGUGACACAAACACAUUCAGAAUGCCACCAGCUGCAGGCUCCGACGAGACAUCAUUUGUGAUCUACGGUGAUAUGGGGAAGGCUCCGCUGGACCCAUCAGUGGAACACUACAUUCAGCCUGGAUCGAUUUCUGUGGUCAAGGCAGUGGCUAAAGAAAUCCAAACAGGAAAGGUCAAUUCAGUCUUCCACAUAGGAGACAUAAGCUAUGCCACAGGCUUUCUGGUUGAAUGGGAUUUCUUCCUAAACCUCAUAGCACCACUCGCUUCUCGAGUUCCCUACAUGACCGCUAUUGGUAACCAUGAAAGGGAUUAUGCAGAGUCUGGUUCUGUAUAUGUGACCCCAGAUUCAGGUGGCGAAUGUGGAGUUGCAUAUGAGUCAUAUUUCCGCAUGCCAGCUGUUAGUAAGGAUAAGCCAUGGUAUUCAAUUGAGCAAGGGAGCGUUCACUUUGUCGUGAUGUCAACUGAGCAUAAGUGGUCAGAGAUGUCGGAGCAGUACAAAUGGAUGAAUCAAGAUUUGUCAUCAGUCAAUAGAUCGAGGACACCAUGGGUAAUUUUCAUUGGGCAUAGACCGAUGUACUCAUCCCAUGUCGGAAUACCAGUUAAUGUAGAUCUAGCAUUUGUAGCCUCCGUUGAGCCACUCUUGCUCAAGCACCAGGUGGAUUUGGUUUUCUUUGGCCAUGUACACAACUAUGAGAGGACUUGUGCAAUAUACAAGAAUAUAUGCAAAGGCAAGCCAAAGAAGGAUGAAAGUGGAAUUGAUACUUAUGACAACAGCAAAUAUACUGCACCCGUUCAUGCCACUGUUGGAGCUGGAGGAUUUAGCUUGGACAAGUUCCCUAGGAUUGUGUUGAACAAGUGGAGCUUAUCAAGAGUUUCAGAAUUCGGGUAUGCCAGGGUGCAUGCCACAAGAGGUGAUAUGCUGGUUCAGUUUGUAAGCUCAAGUACGAUGGAGGUUUUGGACCAAUUUAGAUUUGUGAAGCCAGAUCCGGCAAGGAGGCUAAGGAACAAGCCAGUUUAACCGUAGCUGCAAUGCAUGCAAAAGAUGGAGCUGGAGCUACUUCCUUAUAUUAUUGUUAUGCUAUAUAUAAAAGAUGGCGUUGAAUUACACAUCAGCGUGUUUCAGCGUGUUGUCUAGGUUCUAUACUUAUAUGUGUAGUGUAUGGUUCUUUAUGACAUUUCCACAUGAUAGUUCUUUCUCCCUCUGAAGUAUAUUGAUCCACAAGUGUCAUUUUGUAGUUGUAGCUAACAGCCUAACAACGGCUCCUGAACUUAAGUUAUAAUUUACAGUUUUGUCAGUUCUGAAA